GUCUUAUGUAAUUUGUAAAUUAACCCCAAUAGUUUCUGAUCGGCGACGGGAUCUCUCUCACCGGCGAAUACUGGAAACUACUUCCUCCGCGAGAUCUCGGAUACGUGCGGCUAGUUUGAUCUCGAGGAACCAUGGCUCCGGUCUCGGCGCUCGCCAAGUAUAAGCUGGUGUUUCUGGGAGAUCAAUCCGUGGGGAAGACGAGCAUCAUCACUCGAUUCAUGUACGACAAAUUCGACAACACUUACCAGGCCACGAUUGGUAUUGAUUUUCUAUCAAAGACAAUGUACCUUGAAGAUCGAACUGUCAGACUGCAGUUGUGGGAUACAGCUGGGCAAGAGAGAUUCAGGAGUCUUAUUCCCAGCUAUAUCAGGGACUCUUCCGUUGCUGUUAUUGUCUAUGAUGUUGCAAGCAGGCAGUCCUUCCUAAACACUACUAAGUGGAUCGAUGAGGUUAGGACAGAGCGUGGUAGUGAUGUCAUAGUUGUCCUUGUGGGAAAUAAAACCGACCUUGUGGACAAAAGGCAAGUGUCGAUAGAGGAAGCAGAAGCUAAGGCUCGUGAGCUCAAUGUAAUGUUUAUCGAAACCAGUGCCAAAGCAGGCUUCAACAUAAAGGCUCUAUUCCGUAAGAUAGCAGCAGCUUUGCCCGGUAUGGAAACACUGUCUUCAACCAAGCAAGAGGACAUGGUUGAUGUCAAUCUCAAGUCUUCCAAUGCCAAUGCAUCAUUGGCUCAGCAGCAAUCAGGAGGAUGCUCUUGUUAGAUCUGGCAACAAACAAACUGAUAGAGAACAACAACAAAAACACGCACCAAAAGUUAUCGAGCCUUCUAGCAUGAUCUUAUCCGCAAUUAUCUUCCCCGUCUGUAAAAUUUUUGCCUGCCUUUAUCAAUCAGAUUGUUUUGAAACUGACUUUGUUUUAGUUUAUGGUUUGUCCCAAACUCUAAACUUUUCAGUUCUUUGGAGUUUCGAAUGCUCUGCUUCAGUACUGUGAUUUGUAUGUCAAUGAGUUGAAAUUGAAUGAUAUAACUGUGAGGUAUAUGAGCUAAACACCCUUUUCUUGUU